GGUAGCAACACAACGGUAUAUGGUGUGGCACAAUGUGCUGAAACAGUAAGCGAGUUGGAAUGCCAAAAUUGCAUAAAUGUUGCUUUUGAAAGCAUCAAAAGUUGUCCUCCUCGGUCUGGGGCAAGAGCUAUUGAUGCUGGUUGCUUUAUGAGAUAUGCAGACACCGCUUUCUUUCAAAGUAAUCAGACAACAAAUAUCAGAAAGUACUUGGAAGAAGGAGGAUCAAGUAAUAAGACCGCAAUCGUUGAAGGUAUUGCUGGUGGUGUAGGCAUUCUUGUGCUCCUACUUGCUUUGCUUUUAUGGUACUUGUUAUCAAGAAAGAAAAAGGUAGCUCAAAGAGGUGUAGGUGAUAUAUUUGAUAUAUCCAAGCUGGACGGACCAAUGAUUUACCGUUUCAAAGAUUUGAAGUCAGCCACACGGAACUUUAGCGAAAGCUCUAAAAUAGGAGAAGGAGGUUCUGGAGAUGUGUACAAGGGCAUAAUAAAGAAUGGAGAUGUAGUUGCUGUAAAGAAACUUUCUAUAGUGGCAGGCAAAGGGAAGCCAGAUUUCAAAAGUGAACUUAAGCUUAUAAGUAUUGUUAAUCAUCGCAAUAUCAUCCGUCUGUUGGGCUAUGCUGUCAGAGGAUCAGAGCUACUUCUUGUGUGCGAAUACAUGGCUAACAGAAGCCUUGAUAAAUUCCUAUAUGGUGAAAAACAGGGGUGUCUCAGCUGGAAACAACGUGUUGCUGUAAUUCUUGGGAUAGCUAAGGGCCUUGUAUAUCUGCACGAACAAUCUCAUUUGCGUAUAGUGCACCGAGAUAUAAAAUCAAGCAACAUUCUACUUGAUGGUGAUUUUCAACCCAAAAUUGCAGAUUUUGGGCUGGCAAGACUAAUGCAUUACGAUCAAAGUCAUCUUAGCACUAGAUUUGCUGGGACUUUGGGAUACACAGCACCGGAGUACGCCAUCCAUGGACACUUGUCUGAGAAAGUUGAUACCUACGGUUUUGGUAUUGUAGUCCUUGAAAUUUUAGGUGGCCGAAGGUGCAACAAUUCGAAGACAGAGGCAUUUUCGUGUUCCCUCCUAGAACAUACAUGGAAUUUGUUCAAACAUGACGCGUAUUUGAAUUUGGUCGACAAAACUUUAGAUCCUGAUGAAUAUGAGAUUGAUAACAUUAAAAAGAUAGUAGAAAUUGGUCUGAUGUGCACUCAGUCACCAAGUUCUGCGAGGCCAACCAUGUCUGAAGUAGUUGGUUUGCUUACAAGUGAUCUUCCCAUCAAGGGAAAUCCACCUGGGAAACCCAUAAUUUUCUAAUUAUAGAAGCGGAAUUGUAACUAUGUUAUCUUCACUUCUUGUCCAUCGACAAUGUCCGACUAUUGGCACCUAUUGUUGGAGUUGUUAAUCAAGAUAAUGCUUCGGUGCU